UUUGGUCGUUUCCUAUUCAUUCUUCCUCCACUUUCCUUUUCUCUGUUAAACUCUGUCACCACCACAAAAACGUGUAGGGAAAAUUCAACAAACUGCCAAAUCAAAAGCCUUUUUUCUGCUCCAUCAUCCUCAGCAAUUGGAUUCAGAUUACCGGGGCCCUUCAAAACAGGAGAUUCUUCAUUAUCCACACACAGAGGGCCAAACAAUACUGGGGCUGAAGGAAGUGAGGAGUUUUUACUCUUUACUCUGACCCUUUUGAUUUUUAGUUUCUCCUCUGCACAAGAAAUUGGGAAGAAAGAUGGAAGUGAUGGCAUACCAGUUUUCUCGGUUACCAUACUCAGAUUCCCUCAAACUGCUAGAGGCUGAUAUACAACAAGCAAAUGCUUUGGCUGCUGAAAUAACCAGGACAAAGGGUGGGACUCUUCUCCAAAUGAAAUUGGCUUACAACCAUUUGGCUCCUCUCUUUCUAUUGUUGCUACAGUGGAUGGAUUUUUCUUGUACAUGCUUACUACUCAGAUAUCUUGACCUCUUUCACAUAGUUGUAUCCAAGGUACACAACGAUGGUAGAUCAAAUAUGACUCCUCCUGGAAGAAAAGCAACCAUCAGGGAGUUUUAUGCUAUUAUUCUGCCAUCUCUUCAAAGACUUCAUGGUAGCAUGGAGAAGUUAAACAUUUGUAAGAGCGGACAUUCUAGCAUAGAAAGCUCAAGUUAUGGCAAGAAACUGAUUGAAGGAGAUGCAAAACCAAUCCAUGUGGAUUUGGAAAGAGAAGAUGAAUGUGGGAUAUGCUUAGAGCCUUGCACCAAAAUGGUUUUACCUAAUUGCUGUCAUGCCAUGUGUAUCAAAUGCUACCGCAAGUGGAACAAAUUGUCAGAGUCUUGCCCUUUUUGCCGUGGUACCUUAAGGAGAGUUAAUUCUGAGGAUCUGUGGGUACUAACUUGUAAUGAAGAUGUUGUUGAUGCUGAAACAGUUUCCAAGGAGGACUUGUUACGUUUCAACCUUUAUAUCAACAACCUACCAAAAGAUCACCCGGAUGCACUUUUCUUAAUGUAUUAUGAGUAUCUGAUUUGAUAAAUAUAUUUCAGUGUACAUAUAGGGAAAUCCAGACUGCAAUUGUAAAUAGAGUCUCGUAAGAAAUAUUUCUGAUCAUGUAAGGCACAACAUUGCAGAGAUAUAUGUGGAAUUGUUGUCCAGAAUGUAGAGUACUAUUACAACCUACUUCGAACCAGUUGUUUGAGUUCAAGUUACACUUUUUCUAAGAAGCUAAUUAAGAUGUACUGAUCCAUUAACUGAAGAUUUCUAUUAAACUAUUUAUGAUGUAUUGAUUCA